AUAUAUAUGUUUAUCUCGAUUUCGUGACCGCGACGACAUCUCGGGAUAUCCGCCAGUUUAUUGUGUUCAUCAUGGCUUCGACGGAAUCUCUGGUGUGCGACACUCUCGAUCUGAGCGGUCAAGGCCUCAAGAAACUCAGCCGAUGUCCCUCGGACGCUGACAUUAGCACGUUGAUCAUAGACGACAAUGACAUACAACGGCUUGACAAUUUGGAUUCCUAUCACAGAAUCACCAAGCUUUCUAUAGUCAGAAAUCAAUUAUUGCGUAUGUAUGGUGUGUCAAAGUUACAUAAUCUUGUUACUCUGAAUUUGGCGAACAAUGGUAUACUCACAAUAGAAGGUAUCAAGGACAUGAUCAAUUUGCAGACUCUUUGUCUAGCGGGUAAUAAUAUCAAGUCUAUUGAACAUCUACACACAAAUAUCAAAUUGGAACAUCUGGAUUUGUCUGAAAACAGCAUCAGUCAUGUUUCAGAUAUAUCUUACCUGCGAAGUUUAAAGGAACUUUUCUUACAUAACAAUCGCAUAAUAACACUGCGUCAAUGUGAGCGCUACUUGCCCAUAUCCUUAGAAACAUUCACAUUGGCAAAUAACAAUAUUACUGAUCUGAAUGAAAUGUCACAUUUGGGUAAUCUUAAAAAUCUGGUGAAUUUCUCUAUUGCUAACAAUCCAUGUGUCAGUAUGACAGGUAAUAAUAUUGGAUUUGACUAUCGGCCUUUUGUUAUUAAUUGGUGUAUGAGCUUAAAAUCCAUCGACGGUUAUGCGGUUGAUCCUAUUGAAAGCUUGAAAGCAGAGUGGCUGUAUUCUCAGGGACGCGGUAGACAAUUCCGCGUUGGUGAACACGCCUUACUUGCUCAAUAUCUAGCAUCUGUCUGUCCGCUUUCGGGCGAAUCCUUAGAGAACGAGACGGACAGGAAGCUUAGACUUAUACUGAGCAAAGCUCAACAUCACCAACAGCAAUUGAAUCAACAGAGCGAUACUGGGAGUGUGCACAGCUUAAGUAGCGUGACCAUGAGUCCUUCUCCAGCUGCUAGACGUAGGCUUAGUCAUAACAGGACAAACUCUCCCAGACGACCUAUGCCAAUGUUGACAUACUAUGAAGAUAAAUGCUUACACUCACCAAAAUUUUAUGAAGCAAAGUACUGUGUCUGCCAUUUCCCUUGCAAAGCUUCCUCGAGGAACUCUCUGAAAAUGAAAUCGCCAGACCGGAUGGUAUCCAGCUGUCAUACAGACGCCAUCGUUUCUUCCUGUCACGGUUUAUUGAGCGGCGAUCACGAUUCAACUCUGAUGACACAAAGCUUAGAUCCCAAUAUGCUAACAGGUACAUUGAAUACCAACAAAAUAUCAAACAACAGUCUGCAAGAUAUGGAAGAAACAUCAAGUCCUUUGCAAGCGGCUACGAAGCUUGUACCAGUACCAGAAUCUUUGAUGAGUCCAGAUUUUCGUCCGCCAUCAGGUCUUUCACGGAUUUUACCAAAGACUCCUACGCCAAGUAAAUUAACGUCUCCCUGUCAAAUCACAAUGCCCAGCAAACCAUCGAUGGAUGGCGAUGGAAAGGCAAUUCCGAUCAUAAACACAGUCAAUCCUAUGGCGAAAACGAAUCUAGGCGCUAUUAUAAAAGCGAACGCGCUUGUGAAGAGUAAUUCCGCCACAAAUUGCAGCACCCCGAAACCAAGCAUAGCUAAACCGGUCGUAACGUAUGCUAACAGCAAGUGUCCGCAUAGCGUGAAGAUUAACAAUUAUGUGCAGAGCAAGACGUUGCCCGCGAAGAGGAGCACUAAGAGUCCUAAUCUAGCCAGAAGUAUACAGCGACCGAAAAGCGCGAACGAGAGACUCAAGAGUAACUUGAACAAGGAAAAUAAGAACGGCGAUGCUGGAAAUGGAACUCAAAGUAGCGACGAGGAUAGUGAAGUAUGUCAAGCGAAAUUGGAUAGUAUUCGACAUAGGGCUAUUCAACGAAGACAAGAAGACAGCAAUAAAGAUCAAGAUCAAACAGAAAAAGCUGCUAUCUGUAUUCAAAGAAUGUGGCGAGGCUUUCAUACAAGAAAUCUGAAUAGAAAAGCUACUAAUAUAUUAAAAACGAUCGACAUGAUGAGAACAAAUAAAUACAUCCAGAAACUAUCAACUGAUAUGGAAGCUACAAGAACCGCUCUCGAAAGCGAACAUAAAUUACAAUUAUUACAAAUGCAAGCGAUCAACGCAUUAUGGAAGAAAGUGGUCAGUCUGCAACCAGGCAGCAAUCGAGAGAACGCCUUCAAUGAUACGGACAAUAAUACCCUGCAAUCAAAUGCAGAUAUAGUUAGUAAUCUCGCUCAAACCUGCAAUCUACUUCAUACCCAAGUUCAGCAACUACAGGACUCGAUGUCCGAAAUAAAGCGUUGCAUGUCUAGUAUGAAGUCAAGACCCGCUCUCGUUGAUAACGGUGUCGCUACUCAAACAGAGAUAUCUGCCGUGCACACACCAGCUGGUGAGGAGAAUACAUUCCCGUAUGGACGUCCUAAUAGACCGCAAAGUCUACCGAUACAUCAGACGAUACACGAGGGAAACGAGAACAAGAGUUUCGCAUCCAACUUGGUGGACAGCGUGCUGAAGAAAGUGUCGCAAUCCACCGACACGACAGAUGACGAAGUCAAUACAGACAUCUUGAAUUCAAAUGAGAAUCCAGAAGCGCCGCACUCGAACGAUAAUCCUGAGAUGUUUAAGAGUUGCGAGGAGAUGAUAGAAUCCGAUCUUAAGGAGGCGGUUGAGAACGAGGUUGCGACAAACUAUUACGAAAAUAUAAUCGAGAACGCGGCGAUAGAUGUAGUAUGCGAGGAAACGUUAUGCAAGGAACUGCACAAUUUGAUUGAGACAGAAAAUGGAGCGGAGGACUGCGAAAAUUGUGACAAGGAGAACGCGAUUAAUGGAGAUGAUAAGGAAACCUUGUAGAUUCGACUAUGUCGAAUCGUAUCCGCACCAUAUGCCUUGUGAGUAGCGCAAUCAUGGUAAAAUAAAAAAAAACGGUAUAUGCGAAGAGAAAGAAAGAAGACGAAUGUCGAAAUGUAAUGCUCAUUGUAAAUAGUAAUUUUAAUCGUAAAAAUAUUAUUAAAUGGGAUUUAAUUUUAUCGUAAUCGUAAAAACCAUUUUGUGUUACAAGAGGAAAUACAAGAGGGAAUGUUAUCACACGUUGAACAACAAGCUGCCAUUCGGAUCGAAUAAUAUUCGUGUUUUUAAGUAAAAGAGAUUGAUAAAAACACAGUGCGUAUCAAUUAAAUUUAUUUCGAUAAUUAUGAAACAUUUAAGUCAAAACUUAAGUGCAACUUUUGCUACAUUACUUCCAUAUGCUGUCACCAUAAAGUUUUGGAAAUUUUCCGUCCAUACAUCCGACUGUUAACAUACAUGAUAGAACAUAUACUCUGUGUAAAACGAUUUUAUUUUAUCGCACUGACUAUGGGAAAUAGUUUCUGAAAAAAUACACUAAUGCUGUUUAUAUAUUACUCUCUUUCUCCUCGAAAUAGUUUCAUACUGAUAUACUCUAAGAAAUCAUAACUUGCACAAUUCAAAAGAUGCCGAUUUUUCUAAAUUUAAAGCACCUGUGUAAAAUAUAUUUAUUAUUCCAUUUUAAAUCUAAUCAGUUUCCAGUUCUUUCAAAUAACAAUUUUAUAUUUAAUAAUUUAUUUAUAUAAUAUAAAAGAAGUAUUAUUUUUAAUGUACACUAAAAACAUUAAAAUAGAAUAUAUAGAGCAAAGAUAUGAUUGAACCUCUAGUCAAUACAGUAGCUUUUACAUUUAGGUAAACUGUAGAUAUUCACUUCAGAAUUGUUAUGUAUAGAUAUUACUCGAGAUUAUGAAAUAAACAUUGCAAAAUCUUCAUUUAAAUCUACUAUAUCGUUAAAAAAGAAACACGAUUUGAGUCAGAAAAGAUAUAACUAUAGAAAAGAUAUAACACUGUGUUUCUAUAACUUGAGUCCGAUUAUUGAUAUUUAUAUAUGACAAAUAUUCAUUGAACAAUUUAAUAUUCUGCAAAUAUGCGCGAGCUUAACAAAUAAAUUAACACUAUAUCUAUUGAUUGCAGCAUAUUCUAUACGUAUCUCAUUAUUUACUCUUCACUAUCACCUCUCUUGCAUUACUAUUAAUUUAUUACUUUGCAUUUGAUCACGAAUACAUAGAAUGGAAAUGUUAUAUGUGAUAUAAUUUUAAAUCGACUUAUACUUGAAGUAGAUUUAAGAAAUUAUAAAAUUUGACUGUGAUCAAAUUUAUCUUGUUUUUAAUGUAAUUUCUACUAAAAUCGUUAGAUUUCAAGAAAAUUAUAUUUCGACAGGAAAUUAUACGCGAAUUAAAACAGCGUAUCAAUAACAUUCAUUCUAUGUAUAUGUGGAAAAUGUCAAGUAGUGAGAGAGUAAUACAACAUAAGAUAAGUGAUUAAGAGUUCAUUAAAGAUGAAGAUACGUGAUUGUACUUGCUAAUAUUUUAAUGCUUAAAAUUUCUUGAAUAAUUCAACAUUUUUAUGAACUUUGAGGUAAAUGUUCAGUGUGCAUCUAAUGUAACUUGAAACAUGUUUGCAGCAAUGUUUGCUUCAAUAGCGAGAGCUUAGCUAAGAUUUUUAUUCUUGUGAUUUUCCGAGAGAAACAUAUGAUAUGUGAUAUGAACCAAAAUAAUUUCUUUAUAAUAGCACGGGUUGGAAUAGACAUUGUCCUCGUAAAACGAGAAUAUUUAGAAACAUAA